AGAGUAUUUCUAUAGAAUGCAUGUAUUGUUGUACUGUAUGUCUGUAUGUACUGUAUAUCGCCAUUACGUUUGCCAUACAUUAUAAUUGACACAAAAGAGUUGGUUUUUUUUGGAUUAAAGUCUACUUUAAAACUAUAGACUAAUAAAACAAAUUGAUUUAAUUGAAAAUAUAAUUAAAUUAAUUGUUUACUAAAUAUUACAUUUAGAUGAACAAUAAGUUGGGGAUAAAGUGAUUACAAUUGUCAUAUUAAUUGCGGUCAAUAAGAUUAUGUCCUCAACGUUGAGUGGCUUACAAUCACCACAAAGUCAACAACAAUCAGAUCAAUCACUUAGUCCUCCGUCAGCCAAACGUCACAAGACAUCGACCACUGCGACCAUCUCUCACACCAAUAAUAAUAAUAAUAAUAGUAAUAAUAAUAAUAAUACAAACAAUUGUCUCAAUAAUACCGCUGCUAAUCAUAACAACCACCUAAUGGGAGAGAUGGCUUCAAAUGGUUCGGCAGUCAACUCACAUAAUGAAAACACUGGCGAUGACAUCGAUGAGAGUCUAUACUCAAGACAACUUUAUGUUUUGGGUCACGACGCUAUGCGCCGCAUGGCUUCAUCGGAUGUUUUAAUAUCGGGAAUGGGAGGACUCGGCGUAGAAAUUGCUAAAAAUGUAAUUCUCGGUGGAGUCAAAUCAGUUACUAUUCAUGACGAGCAAAAUUGUCAAAUAAGUGAUCUCUCGUCACAGUUUUACUUAACCGAAGCUGAUAUCGGUGUUAACAGAGCCGAUGCGUCAUUGAAUCGUUUAGCAGAAUUGAAUCCAUACGUUCCGGUCGCUGCCUAUACCAGCAAAUUGAUGACAGAUUUUAUAUCUAGAUUUCGUGUCGUUGUCCUCACAGAGUCGACAUUAGCCGAACAGAAAGAGAUUUCUGACUUCACGCACUCCAAUGGCAUUGCACUCAUCAUUGCCUCCACUAAAGGAUUAUUUGGGCAAAUAUUUUGUGAUUUUGGACCUAAUUUUCAAGUAAUUGAUUCAGACGGAGAACAACCUAUCUCUUGUCUUAUAACAUCAGUGACUAAAGAUGCCGAAGCAGUUGUCACAACACACGAUGAGACUAGACAUGGCUUUUCUGAUGGCGACAAAGUGACCUUUCAAGAGGUUGAGGGUAUGAUUGAACUUAACGGUUGUGAACCCAAGACUGUGAAAGUGUUGGGUCCGUAUACGUUCUCUAUCGGCGACACUACCGGUUAUCAAGACUAUGUGAGGGGUGGAUAUGCUAUUCAAGUGAAACAACCGAAAAUUGUUAAUUUUAAAACAUUGAAAGAAUCGUUAGCUAAUCCUGAGUUUGUAUUGACUGAUUUUGCCAAAAUGGAUCGCUCACCACAACUACACGUGGCUUUCCAAGCGUUACAUACGUUUGUUGAGCGUCAUCGCCGUCAUCCCAAUGUCUGGAAUGAAUCGGAUGGCAUUGAAUUCCGCAAAAUUGUUGGCGAUAUUUCAUCCGAACAGAAACUGGACAUUCAAUUUGAUGACAAACUUAUAAAACUGUUUUCAUAUAUAAGUCGUGGUAAUAUAUCUCCAAUGAAUGCAGUGUUGGGCGGAACGGCUGCACAGGAGUUGAUGAAAGCGUGUUCCGGAAAAUUUGGUCCAAUUUAUCAGUGGUUAUACUUUGAUGCACUCGAAUGUCUACCAUUGGAGUCAAAAGAUUAUCCAAAAGAAGAAGAAUGUCAACCAACAAACAGUCGAUAUGAUUCACAAAUUGCUAUAUUUGGUCAAAACUUUCAACAAAAACUGGCCAAUCAAAAGAUAUUUUUAGUUGGCGCCGGUGCUAUUGGUUGUGAAUAUUUGAAGAACUUUGCAAUGAUGGGUUUGGGCGCCGGACAAAAUGGUGCCAUUUGGGUGACCGAUAUGGAUAUAAUAGAGCGCUCUAAUCUAAACCGACAAUUUUUAUUCCGUCCAUCCGAUGUCGGCAAAUCUAAAUCAGUGACCGCCCAGAAUGCGGCCAAGAAGAUGAAUCCUUCGAUGAAUAUAGUGGCCCAUCAGAAUCGGGUUUGUGAGGAUACUCAACAAACUUAUGACGACAUAUUUUUUGAGCGCCUCGACUGUGUAACCAAUGCUCUCGACAAUGUCGACGCAAGGAUUUAUAUGGAUAGGAGAUGUGUUUUCUAUAGGAAACCAUUAUUAGAAGCGGGAACUUUAGGAACUAAGGGAAACACUCAAAUAGUUUUACCAUUUAUUACUGAAUCUUAUUCCUCAUCACACGAUCCACCGGAGAAAAGCAUUCCUAUCUGUACUCUUAAAAACUUUCCCAACGCUAUUGAACACACACUUCAAUGGGCCAGAGAUGACUUUGAGGGUGUAUUCAGACAAGUGGCAGAUAAUACUCACCAAUACUUGACUGACCCGAAAUUUGUUGAGAAAACUCUUAAAAUGCCCGGUAAUGAAGGUAUACUAACUCUUGAAUCUGUUAAGAGAGCUUUGGGUGAAGAUCGUCCACAAAACUUUCAGGACUGUAUAAAAUGGGCUCGACUUAACUUCGAGGAACAAUAUGUCAAUCAAAUUAAACAAUUGCUUUACAACUUUCCUCCCGAUUCGCUCACUAAUAGUGGUGUUCCCUUCUGGUCGGGACCCAAACGAUGUCCGCAUCCACUUGUCUUUGAUCCCAACAAUGAAACUCAUUUGGAUUAUAUUGUUGCCGGCGCUAACCUAAAAGCAUAUGUCUAUAAUAUACCUCAAAGUAGAGAUAGAAAAGCAAUUAAAGAUUUUGUCUCCACAUUAGUCAUACAAGAAUUUGUACCAAAAGCUGGUGUAAAAAUAGCGGUCAAUGACUCUGAUCUCAACAAUGAGAACAAUGGAGGACUGACUGAUGUCGACCAAAUGGUUAAAGAGAUGCCAUCGCCUAACUCUUUGGGAUCCAAUUUUAAGAUUAAUACAGUUGUGUUCGAGAAAGACGACGACACGAACUUUCAUAUGGAUUAUAUUGUGGCCGCAAGUAAUUUGAGAGCUGAGAACUAUAAGAUCGCACCCGCGGACAGACAUAAGAGCAAAUUGAUUGCCGGAAGAAUUAUUCCGGCCAUCGCUACAACCACUUCAUUGGUUACCGGUUUAGGAUGUCUUGAGUUAUUUAAAGUCGUUCAAUCGCACAAAACUCUUGAGGCAUACAAGAAUGGAUUUGUCAACUUAGCGCUUCCAUUCUUUGCAUUUUCAGAGCCUAUCGCACCCCAAAAGACUAAGUAUUACGAUAAUGAAUGGACUCUUUGGGAUCGAUUUGAACUAAAAGGAGAUAUUACUCUUAGAGAGUUCAUCGACUACUUUAAGAGUCAUCACAAAUUGGAGAUAACAAUGUUGUCUCAGAACGUAUCGAUGCUCUACGCCUUCUUUAUGCCGAAUGACAAACGUGAAGAGCGUAUGGAUCUCAAAUUGACAGAAAUUGUUAAACGCGUGUCCAAGAAGAAGAUCGAUCCGUGGUCUAAGUCAUUAGUGUUUGAAUUGUGUUGCAAUGACAGCACUGGUGAGGACGUAGAGGUGCCAUAUGUGAGAUACACUUUACCCGACGCCUAAUAUUUAAUAAAUUCACUUAAAUUAAAGCAAAUAUUUUUUAACAAAA